AUGCGCAAGGGAGACCCAAUGUACCAUACAGGUAAAAAUGAUCCAACCUUUGGUCGAUUGGAGGAGGGUUUCGGAGGAAACAAGCAAAAGCCAGUCGACAUUGCAGGUGAUCAUGUGGUGAAUGAUGCUAUGGAGGUCGGCGACGGCGAGGGAGAGAGUGAUGAUGAAGUCGAGAUUGUUGACGCAGAUGAAGGUGAUAGAGGCGACCAUGGGAGCGUUCGUUGUGAUGCCAAUGUGGGUCUAGAGGAUGACGAUGUGUCAAUCACGCCCCAAGGCAAGAAGCGUGCUGCUGCACGGGUUAUCAGUGACAUCGAGAGUGGGGAGGAGCAUGGAAAUCAGGAGGUUGGUGUUGCAAGUAGUAGGAAGGGUGCUUUGUGUGGAGUCACUGACAGUGAGAGUGAGGAUGAUGAUGGUGGUGGUGGAGGUGACCAUGGAAGCGUUCACUCUGAUGCCAAUGUGGGUCUAGAGGAUGAUGAUGUGUCAAUCACGCCCCGAGGCAAGAAGCGUGCUGCUGCACAGGUUAUCAGUGACAGCGAAAGUGGGGAUGACGGUGACAGCGAGAGUGGGGAGGAGGAUGAGAAUGAUGGAGGGCAUGGAAAUCAAGAACUGGGUGUUGCAAGUAGUAGGAAGCGUGCGUUGCGUGGAGUCACUGACACUGAAAGUGAGGAGGAUGAUGAUGGUGGUGGAGGUGACCAUGUGAACUUUCGCUCUGAUGCCAAUGUGGCCAGUGAGAGUGAGGAGGAGGAGGAGGAGGAUGGUGAACCUUAUGAGGUGGAAGGGUGUUCUACUCCCGCAUCAAGGCGCUCGGCUCGGUUAGUUAAAAGUCAAUCAAAGAUAAUACGACCUGCACGUCGGGAGCUUGAGUUUGAGGAACCCAGGGAUCAUGAAGAGACUGGGGAUGGUUCAGAAGAAGGUUAUAAUACAGAUGAAUUUAUAGAUGAUGCAGAUUGUUCUGAAAAUCCAUCCGAUCCUGCUGAAGAAUACUCUGCUGAACUAGAAGAGUGUGAUAGUGAGAUAAACUUUGGAAAAAUUCUAGAUUGGAUACGGGGUAAAAAGAAUACCAAUAACAACGAUUGGAAGAAUGCGCAAGAAAUGCUAUCAGCAUUUGAUCAGCAACCUGAACUUACCUUAAAAGCUGUCUGUGCCAUGUAUCGACGGCAAACUGAGGAAGAACAGGCAGAAAAGGCGACUAUUGUGCAUAACAAAAGGGGAUUUAGCCAGAUAGAUGCACCAAGGGGUUCUUACAUAGCACAGUUUCUUCUGGAUGGUGAUGCUUCUGGGCCGCUUAAGAAGACCCCACAGGACUUGGAAAAGUACAACCCAUCUGGUGUUGAGUUCUGUCUGAAGAUGGCUCAUCGUUACUCAGAUCAGCUCUUUGAAAUUUAUCAGAAGAAGGAGGACCCAUACUUUCCAUGA